CAGUUCCAUUCGUUUUCCUAUUUGGUAUUCGGUUGACGCGGUGUUUGUGCUCGGCAGCUCAAAACACAAAAAGUGCGAAAAAUACUUUUUGUUAUAAGUUUAAAGUUAAUAAGACAAUAAUAAGUUAUAUUAUCGUAUAAGUGCAGUGCAGAAAUAUGGCUAUGCAACCGCACAGUAAAAAACGAGUUUGCUAUUAUUAUGAUAGUGAUAUUGGAAAUUAUUACUACGGACAAGGCCAUCCAAUGAAACCACAUCGCAUACGAAUGACUCACAAUUUACUUUUAAAUUAUGGACUUUACAGGAAAAUGGAAAUUUAUCGUCCACAUAAAGCCACAGCUGAAGAAAUGACUAAAUUUCAUUCAGACGACUAUAUCAGAUUUUUACGUUCUAUACGUCCAGACAACAUGUCCGAAUACAACAAGCAAAUGCAAAGGUUUAAUGUUGGAGAAGAUUGUCCAGUUUUUGAUGGCCUUUACGAAUUUUGUCAGUUAUCAGCAGGCGGUUCUGUUGCGGCUGCAGUUAAAUUGAACAAGCAAGCCUCAGAUAUUUGUAUCAACUGGGGUGGAGGCUUGCAUCAUGCAAAGAAAUCAGAAGCCUCUGCAUCUGGUUUUUGUUAUGUAAAUGAUAUUGUUCUUGGUAUUCUUGAACUUUUGAAAUAUCAUCAGCGGGUCCUGUAUAUUGAUAUUGAUGUACAUCACGGAGAUGGGGUUGAAGAAGCUUUUUAUACAACGGACAGGGUGAUGACAGUAUCUUUUCACAAGUAUGGUGAAUAUUUCCCUGGAACUGGCGAUUUACGAGAUAUAGGGGCAGGGAAAGGGAAAUAUUACGCUGUAAAUAUUCCUCUACGUGACGGAAUGGAUGAUGAAUCUUACGAAAGCAUUUUUGUUCCUAUUAUUAGUAAAGUAAUGGAAACAUUUCAACCGAGCGCUGUUGUCCAUCAGUGUGGUGCAGAUUCUUUAACUGGUGAUCGAUUAGGUUGCUUUAAUCUUACCGUAAGGGGUCACGGAAAAUGCGUCGAGUUCGUGAAAAAAUACAACUUACCCUUCAUGAUGGUAGGUGGUGGCGGUUAUACAAUUCGAAACGUAUCGAGAGCAUGGACUUACGAAACGUCGGUCGCUCUUGGGGUCGAAAUCGCUAACGAACUUCCUUACAAUGACUAUUUUGAGUAUUUCGGUCCUGACUUCAAACUACACAUAAGUCCUAGCAAUAUGGCUAAUCAAAAUACCACAGAGUACUUGGAAAAGAUUAAAACAAGACUUUUUGAAAAUUUGAGGAUGUUGCCUCAUGCUCCUGGUGUUCAAGUGCAAACAAUUCCUGAAGACGCCAUUAAUGAAGAGUCUGAUAACGAGGACAAGAUCGAUAAGGACGAAAGGUUGCCCCAAAAAGACCUAGAUAAGAGGAUAGCUCCAGACAACGAGUUCUCAGAUAGUGAAGAUGAGGGUGAAGGUGGUCGAAGGGAUCACAGGAGUUAUAAAGGACGUAAACGACCUCGUUUAGAAAAGGGAAAUGAGAAUAAGGAAUCUGGAGACAAGAAACAUAUAAAGGACGAACUUAAAUCAGAAAAAGGUGAAGAUAAAGAAGAUUCAAAAUCGAUAGCGGAGUCCGAGUCGAAAGACACGGGUCCUUUGCCGUGACGAACGUCCAAUCCUUCUCAAUCGCACCACCAGUCCAAGUCUACGUAUAAAUAAAUAAACAGUUAAAGUAACAUAAAAAUAAAAACUGAACUAAAAAUAUGGCCCCGUCGCAUGUUCUGGGAAGAAAACAAAAAAAAGGAGACAAAAACUUUUAUUAAUCUUUCAUUAUGCAGUCCUUGGGCAGAUGUUCAUAGGCAGAAAAAUAGGAAUAAAACUACUGAAUUUUUUCCUGUUUGUGAGGCGUGUGUAUUUCAUGUCGUGCAUGUAAAUAAUAAUAAUAAUUGUAAUGAUAAUAGUAAUAGCAAUGAAAGUUCAUUCGUAAGUUAUCUCACAAAGGAAUAAUAACGGUAUUUAUUUUAUUAAACGUGGACAUGUUUUAUCAUUUCUUCUUUUGUGGCCUGGAGAAUAAGUAAGUGGAAAUGAAGGAAUGUAAAGCUGUGCAUUUUUUCGUGUUCUUGUGAGUUAUAGUAGACAAAAGGCUGAUACAGAGUGUUCGUGAUUAUUAUGAUUAAGUAAUGGUGGUCAGUUAUUAUUUUUAUUGUAAUGUGACCUGUUUAUUUCUUUAGUUACUUUUUAAUAUACUUAUUUUGACAAUUGA